AUGGCACCUACAGAGGCCUUCCCAGGAGCGUUGGCACACCCAGGGGCUCUUCCAGGGACAGCAGUGCUCUCAGAGGCCGUUCUAGGGACGUCGGUGCCAUCAGGGGCACUGCCAGGGGCAAUGACGCUCCCAGGAGCUCUUCCAUGGACAUUGGCGCUCCCAGGAGCCCCUCAGAGGCCGCAACGCCCCAAGGGCUCUUCCAGGGACAGCCACGCACUCAGGGGCCCUCCCAGGGACAGUAGCGUGCCCAGGGGUGUCUCCAGGGACUGCGGUGCUCCGAGGGGUCUUGCUAACAGGGGUGGAGCCUUCAGGGGCCCUUCCAGUGGCGGUGGCUCCUCCAGGGUCCCUCUAAAAAGCGCAAUUGCCCCAGAGGCCCUCUCAGGUACAGUGGUGCCCUCAGGGGCACUCCCAAAGGUGAUGGCACCUACAGAGGCCUUCCCAGGAGCGUUGGCACACCCAGGGGCUCUUCCAGGGACAGCAGUGCUCUCAGAGGCCGUUCUAGGGACGUCGGUGCCAUCAGGGGCACUGCCAGGGGCAAUGACGCUCCCAGGAGCUCUUCCAUGGACAUUGGCGCUCCCAGGAGCCCCUCAGAGGCCGCAACGCCCCAAGGGCUCUUCCAGGGACAGCCACGCACUCAGGGGCCCUCCCAGGGACAGUAGCGUGCCCAGGGGUGUCUCCAGGGACUGCGGUGCUCCGAGGGGUCUUGCUAACAGGGGUGGAGCCUUCAGGGGCCCUUCCAGUGGCGGUGGCUCCUCCAGGGUCCCUCUAAAAAGCGCAAUUGCCCCAGAGGCCCUCUCAGGUACAGUGGUGCCCACAGGGGCUCUUCCAGGGGCGGUGGCUUCCCCAGGGUCCCUCUCAGGGGCGCCACUGACCACAGACCCCCUGCCAGGGGCGGCGGUGCCUCCCAGAGACAUUCCAGGUGCAUUGCCGACCUCAGAGGCCCUCUCUGGAGCGGCGACGCACCUAUGGGUUCUCCUAGGGAUGGCAGCGCCCCCAGGAGCCUUCUUAUAG